AUGGACUCUCUUCGAGGCACCCGCAAGGUGCUACCCAACUACCUACUGGACGACUACGUGCCCGCACCCGACACCAGACCGUCGUCCGACCGUGCUUCCGGGACGUCACUUUCUCACCCGCCGUCCGCGGGCGAGAGCUCACGCCAUGGUUCCGACACAGCUGCCGGCUUCGCAAACGCAGCCAGCAGUGCGGGAGAUUUGAGCGAUACUUCCGCUGGCGCUCUGGGAUUCCUGCCUCGCAGGAAGAAGAAGUUGAGACAAGCUUGCGUCUAUUGCCGAAGAUCGCAUCUGGUCUGCGAAGAGAAGCGUCCUUGCCAUCGCUGCGUGAAACGAGGCAUCGCGGAUCGAUGUGUUGAUCCUCCGCAAGACGCACAGCUGCUGCCGGAAACCUCGUGGCCAGGUGCCGCAGAGACGAGCGCCGAUGCUGAUUCAACAGACGACGCCAGUAUACCUUUGACAUCGGCACUCGCUUCGACGCUCCCAGGAUCGGAUGGCGGACAGAAGAGGAAGAGAAAGACAAAGUCGGAGGCCCAUCGCAGCAGCUCUGCCGAGUCGCAUCGACAAUACGGCCUAGCCGCGCCGCACUCCGACCAGCAUUCAUCCCGCGACUCGUUUGCCGAAUCGCACACAGCGUCAACGUAUGCUCAGCCUGCCAAUUACGGACCCCACCAUGCAGAUCCUGCAACAAACGUGCAAGCAUCCUCGCUGAGCAACGCAAUACCGGCUCCUAGCAUCUCCCAUGAUGCAUCGAUACCGAAUUCGUUGGGCAUGCAGUCAGAGCCGUUGGCAGCUAGGGGAGCGCCGUCGCAAUUGCUCCAAGGGCAACCCAUCUUCCAGCCCCCUUCCUCAGCAGAACUCGACUCGCUCUUCUCUACCUACUUUUUCGACGUGGCCGACGCGUUCAGUGGGAGGGAGAACGGUGUCCAACACCAAGGUAUGCCUCCGCCUCAUGCGGCAGCGCAGGGGUCUGCGCUCCACGCUCACCAGCAGGUCAUCCACGCACCUGCUUCUCAACGCCACGAUGGUCUUCGUAAUGCUGGUGCAACUCCUCUGCAGGCUCCUCAGAUGGGCCACUUGAUCCCUGCAGGGGCUAGUCCGCGCUACUUUCGGUCACCGAAUGAGGUAGGGUUCCCGCCGCACCAUCAGGGGCGGCAAUCUGAUGCAAGCACCCACGCGCAAAGGAAUCCGCCGACCUCGGCAUCUACCGACGGCGAAGCAGCAACCUCUAGCAACUUGGCGGUCCUUUCUGCUCCGACAGCAGCAAGGCAUGGCGCGAAUGAACGGGAGACCAAGCCUCCUUCAAGUACCGACAGCCACGAUUCACCAGGACGGCAGAGACCCGGCGACGUGUAUGCUCCGUAUCCCUAUCGGAAGGGAUAUGCGUCUCUGAUGCGAUACAUGACGGAGCAAAAUUGGUCCGAGCAGUCGAUUCGAUCGGUGGAGGCGGCCUUGUGCAAGAUUCGACGUCUUUGGUUCUCGUUGGAGGACAACAUUCAGCCGUCGAGCAUGAUCCAGCUCCAAGCAGAGUGGGCGGGCAAUGUGCGCUACUUUUCCGAGUCGGUGCUUCCCUUCACACCCAUUCCAAUGCUGGUCUGUCGCAAGGCUGGCGAAGUCUACGCGUCUAAUCAGCUUGCGCAGGAUCUUUGCGGGAGGACGAGGCAGGAUAUGACGGGUGGAAGGCUUUCGUGUUACGAGCUCAUGACGGAGAGCUCGGCGUCCGGGUUCUUUCGACUGUACGGGCUCGCAGUCGGCGGACAUCAGGCGGAAGAUGGGACGUACAUCCCCUCGGUGGGGAACACGACGCCUUUGUACUGGAAUGCCGAGAUCUUGCGGCCAAACGCUGAUGGCAGCAGCACCGUCGUGCCGACGAGGGGCAUCUUCGAGAUGAAAAUCGCACCUUGCGGACUGCCAUCAGUUUUGGUGUGCUGUUUUGUUCCUCUGUCGUGA